UAGAAGCGGCGCUUUAAUAGUUCUUUUUUACUGUUUAAAAAAAAAAAGAUUUUGUAACCUUCCUUGCCAUUAAAACUCUUUCUUCUUUGAAUGGAAAAAAAUCUUUUCCUUUUAUUUUCUUCUUCAAUGUUCGGUUGAAAUCAUGUCUGUUAAAUUGUGUAGCUGAGUCCAGUGUUCGUCUUGUGUUAUUCUAUCUGACAGGCAGGUGGAGUUUUGAUGAAAAUGGAAGCUGUUGUUACUGACAAUGGAGUCAAUCUCAAGCAUAAUGGUCUAAUGGAGACUAAACCGGAGAAGGAUAAACCGGUUAAGCCAACAAGUUUGAGCAGUGGUUCAGACAUAGAAGAAGAAGAAGAAGAAGAGGAGAGAAGUGUGGGAUCUCUGAAGCGAGUGUCUAAUAAGAAACGGAAACGGUCUAUUGCUGAUGAAGAUAGAGUGGCUAAGACCAAAUCUUCAAGAGAGAAGAGAGCUGCAAAGAGACGCAAAGAAAAAAUAAAUGGUGAUGAAAAGAAACCGAGGCAGAGAAGCUCUGUGAAAAGAAGAGCUAAAACGAAGAAAGAAGACGAGGAACGAGAACAAGAACUGUCACUAGUUCCUUUCAUCGAGCCAACAGAUGCUGGUAACAGUUCUGAGUCAGACUCUCAUGUGAAAAACGAUAACUUCAAUGACUGCAGAAGCAUGACAAGGAGUUUAAGGGCUGCUUUGGGAGAGCUUGCGAUUUGCCAUCAAUGCUUCAAAGGAGAAAGAAGAUUUCUUUUCAUUUGCACUUUCUGUGAAGAGAAGUUGUAUUGUUUCCCAUGCAUCAAGAAAUGGUAUCCUCACUUGUCCCAUGAUGAUGUCAUAGAGAAAUGUCCUUUUUGCCGUGGAACUUGCAACUGUGACGUAUGUUUGCAGUCAAGUGGAUUAAUCGAGACAUCAAAGAGGAAGCUCGGUGAUAACGAAAGAUUCCAUCACCUUCAGUACUUGAUUGGAUCAAUGCUUCCUUUCCUCAAAAAGCUAUGCAAAGCGCAAGAGGAAGAGAUUGAAACCGAGGCCAAGAUUCAAGGACUAAUGACUUCCCAAGUUGAUGUAUCCGAGACUCUAUGCUCAAACGAAGAGCGUGUCUUUUGUAACCACUGUGCAACCUCAAUAGUUGACUUGCACCGAAGCUGUCCAAAAUGCUCUUACGAACUUUGCCUCAGCUGCUGCCAAGAGAUCCGUGGAGGGCUGUUUUCAGAACGUCCGGAGUUGAAGUUGAAUUUUGUUUAUAGAGGCAGCAGAUACAUACAUGGUGAAGACGCAGAACCAAGCUCCUCUUCUGUUCUUGACGAUGAAGCUAAUGAUGAUAAACCGUCUGUUAACUGGACUGCUAAUGAUAACGGGAGAAUAACAUGCGCUUCUAAAGACCUUGGCGGCUGCGGUGAAUGUGUUCUGGAGCUGAAACGUAUCUUACCGUUAACUCGGAUGUCAGAUUUGGAGAAAAAGGCAGAGAGGUUCUUAGCUUCUUGCAGCGUCAAGUCUCUGACAGUGUCUAACUGCAGAUGUGAUUCUGAUUUUGAGAUGAGUACGAUGAGGAAAGCAGCUUCGAGAAACAGUUCAAAUGACAACAACCUCUACUCUCCUGAUUCUUUCGACGUCCUGAAGGAAGAGGAGCUUCUCCAUUUUCAAGACCACUGGCGCAAAGGCGAGCCAGUGAUCGUUAGAAACGCUCUCAACAACACAGCUGGUUUAAGCUGGGAGCCGAAGGUGAUGUGGAGAGCGUUAUGCGAGAAUGUUGACUCAGCGAUGUGUAUAGAUUCUUUAGCCAACUGCGAGGUGAAGAUCAAAACUCGUGACUUCUUCGAAGGAUACAGCAAAGGGAGAUCGUACGGUAACUUAUGGCCUGAGAUGCUUAAGCUCAAAGACUGGCCUCCUUCGGAUAAGUUUGAUAACCUUUUGCCACGUCACUGCGAUGAGUUCGUCUCAGCGUUGCCUUUCCAAGAGUACAGCGAUCCUAGAUCGGGUGUUCUCAACAUUGCUACAAAGCUUCCUGAGGGUGUUCUUAAACCUGAUCUUGGUCCCAAGACUUACAUUGCGUAUGGGAAUGCAGAUGAGCUUGGGAGAGGGGACUCGGUUACUAAGCUUCAUUGUGAUAUGUCAGAUGCAGUAAAUAUUCUGAUGCAUACGGCUGAAGUAACACUUAGCAAGGAGCAGCUCUCUGCGAUAGAAGCUUUGAAGCUGAAACACAAGCAGCAGGAUGAGAAGGAGCUUCAAGAUCAGAAUGAUUUAGACAGAGGAGAGAUUGUUGCUGUUAAUGAUGAGAAUGAGUUUCAUCAUGAUGAGACAGGGAGUGCGCUUUGGGACAUAUUUAGAAGAGAAGAUGUUCCAAAGCUUGAAGAGUAUUUAAGAAAGCAUUGCAAGGAGUUCAGACAUACUUAUUGUUCUCCUGUGACUAAGGUUUAUCAUCCGAUUCAUGACCAAACGUUGUUCUUAACCGUGGAGCAUAAGAGAAAACUCAAGGCCGAGUUUGGGAUUGAGCCAUGGACAUUUGUGCAAAAGGUAGGAGAAGCUGUGUUUAUUCCUGCUGGUUGUCCUCAUCAAGUUCGGAAUCUCAAGUCUUGCACAAAGGUAGCGGUUGAUUUUGUGUCACCAGAGAACAUACAUGAGUGUCUACGUUUGACUGAAGAGUUUAGACAACUCCCUAAGAACCAUAAAGCCAGAGAAGACAAACUUGAGGUAAAGAAGAUGGUGAUCUACGCAGUGGAACAAUCCUUGAAGGAAGUGGAGACAUUAUUGCCAGAUUUAAGCUUAAAAGAAGCAUAAACUUAUGUUGUGACUUUUUGUUCUCAAACCUUGUAAUAGCAGGCCUUGUAGAUUGUAAAGCCUUGCAUGGGGAUUGAUUGCUUAUGGAAAUGAUCCCCUUUUUGGGUGUUACUUUUGGACAUGUUGGAUUGGAAGGCCAUUCCUUUUUGGUAUAUGAAAAUGAAAAGUUACUACUA